AGUGCGAGUGUGAGAGCGCGCGCUCGCUGCGCGGUCACAGCAGUCAGUCAGUACACAGUGCGCGGAGUUCAGUGUCAGUCAGUCAGUCUGUGUUAGGUAGUGUAGGCAGGCCGCCAGCCUAGCGAUGGAUGUGGACAGCAACAGAGCGUUCUGCGACAGCGGCAUCGUGGAGGACCGCUCGCUCGACUACAGCAGCGGACCGGACUCUACUUCGCCCACCUCCCUGUGUUUCACCCCCGUCAAGUGGAGCCGGGAGAUGUACGCCACCAGGAUCCCCAUAGCCACCUGGAGACUCGCCGAGCUCGAGUUCUUCUCCACCAGGAUACCGAUCGCGAAAUGGCGGCUCCGAGAGUUUUAUAUGGAAAAGAAGAACAAAAUGUACCGUGGCACAGCCACCUCCUUUGGCUUCAAGAAGCCUGUGAUAUCAGCCACCAACAACGCCAACAGCAACGCACCUCUUCACCACACCCCUGUCCCCGCAGCACCCGAGAAGCUCUCCGACUCUGUGGAGUCUCUGGUCAUCACUCCGACCGCCGCACGCUACGGCACUCCCCGGCUAGCAAGGCCUAGGAAAGACACUAACGGCACGAAUGGACGAACAAACCGUUUUGGUUUCCGAAGCCCCACUGCACUCUCCAACAAGGUUGCAGACUCACAAAACAAUAUAAACAGCACAAAAGCUAAUCUUAGGUUGGAUGGACUGGUGAGCCAACACCCUGCGGAGGAAGGAGCCAAGCAGACAUCCCAACUACCGCUGCCGAGGAGUCAUCUGCCUCGCUUGCAGCAGUUUCCUGUACGCCUCGCCACCCCCGCCAACUACCACCCUCGCACCGCCUCCGCUGAGAAGAGUGCAAAGACAGCCGCCAACCAUCACACAGCACGUCGCAGCCGCUCUGAGAACGGUGGUUCUUCUGCUUCCUCUGUGAAUGAUGCUGACUCGGGCGUUGGCAGCCAGAAGAGUGGAGGGGAAGCAGAGAUCAUAGAACAGUUGGAGUGUAGUCCAUCCGCACGGAAUAGGCUACGAGCUUCUCACAAAUCUCGUCCAAUGGAAAUGAUCUUCCCCAAUGGGCACGAAAAGAAGUUUGAGCUGAGAGAUCUGCGAGACUCGAUAGAGGUGACGGAGAUAAUGUCAUUAGAGCUGCCGCCGCUACCUCUGGCCAAGCGACUGCCAGUGUCUGGAGGACUGGUGCGGGAGAGGGCCAGGGCCUACAAUCGUCAGAUCAGUCGAGACAGUGGCAGCUCGGAGGAUGAUGAGGGCAUAGAGGACGGACCUGGAGAGGAAAAAGUGCACAGGGACCGAGUGCUGAGUGAGAAGGACGAGAAGGGGGUGUUAGGAGCUGGGGAGGAGGGAGCAGAGGGGGAGGGGGAGGACCUGUGGGGCCACGGGGAGGCGAUGGUGGGGGAGGAAGACAUGCCUUGUAGCCAGGACCUGGACUCUGACCAAGGCUGUCGUGCUAUGACUCCGCCACUGCGCUCCGUGCUGCUCUCUAUCGAGGACCACUCGUUCGCUGCUCUCGCUGCGAUGUCCACGUCCACCAUGCUGGAGGACGAGAGCUAUCCGGAGCUUCCGGACUUCCAAAACAGCCUCAGUCUCACGUGCACCUCCACCGUCACUUCCCCAAACUCUGUCCAGUCUCAGCCAGCGGAGAAAAAGAAUUCAGAAGACAGUCCCGGUAGCCCAGGGACUCCGACGCACACCUCCAACUCCCUCAGUUUCUCUUCCGAUAUCCGUGACCGAGACUUCAUCGAUGACGAGAUCUGUGACCAGCCUGGCCUUGUGUGCGACAAUCUUACAGCCAACUCCUCAGGCAAUACCUUAGUUCCUGAUGAUGCUUCGCCCAGGAUCAACAAACCAUUAAACGCGAUAGUCACCCUGACCGUGGACUGCGGGUCUGCGCGGCACAGUUCUGUCGGGACUCUGUCGCCAUGUGAGAGUAUCGCCUCCGAUGACCUCAUCAUGGACUUUGACCUCAGUGCUGUCGAUGAUGAUCACAGAUACUUUUACAGGCUGGACACCAGCAGCCUGGACCUGGCUCUGACAGAUGGUGAGGCGGAGGGGGAGGAGGGGGGAGACCUGACGCUACAGGAACGUUCCACACUGCUCUCCGCCAGGCCUGACGUGCUCGAAGGAACCUGGCUUAUGAAUGGGGUCCGAGCGACACGUCAGUUACGGCCUCGUGUUGGCAGCAGUGGCAGUGGAGCAGACUCGCCACGGUCUCUGGACACCCCUCGCCUGCGCUCAGGCUCUGCGCUCUCCAGCCCUCUGCGCUCGUCCAGACAAGGUACCAGCUCACCAGGUGAGGAUAUCAGUGAGGACUCUGGAAUUCGGGUGAAUCGUGGGACAUACCAGUCAAUGUACCAGGAUGUCAUCAACAUCAAGGCCCUACUGCUGCGGCUCAGUAGGGUUAUGCAGGAGAAUGAAGCAGAGAAUUCACACGAAAACAGCCAGAAAAACGGUUUCUACAACCCCAACUGUGACAGUGCGGCGGACAGGAAGAACGAGAUCGCCCAACAAGAGGUGAUAGCAGAUCUCCAGCGUCAGGUGGUGUUCCUGCAGUCUCAGGUGGAGGAGAAGGAGAGGACGAUACGAACGCUGCAAGCGACACAACCGCCUGAGCCACGGGGUCAGGUGGAGACUUGCAAUGCUGCCACCCAGACGGAGAGAGUGAGGCCACUGUCUACAGGCCCGAUUUUGUCAACACAACCUGAUGCAUCCGGCGGUUCUUUUGUUAGUUUCAGGCUGGGCAAGACGUUUGGUCAAUACGAGUGACGUGGCCCGACCCCAGCCCAACACGAGGCCAGUCAGUCGGUUGCCGCAGUGGCGAAGAGCUGCCAGUCCCUCCACCGAACUGCACAAAUCCUUGCCUACCCAGAAACAAACGUAACAAACAAGUCAUCUACCGUCCCCCAUCAUCCUAGUCCAUGCCACUCAUCUCUUGUAACUGAUUCAGUUUUUAUCGAGUUGAUUCCUCCUUGUUCUCGUUUAUUUUUAUUGGAAACUUAAUGACAAGCGUUUUGUUAGAUUUAAUUGUAAUAAAAAUUUUCUGCUAUGUUACCUUAGGGCAGUUGUUUUAUUAUCAUUAAAUCACUUAUUGAAAUGUAUCUCAUGUUUUCUGUACUUUUAUGAAUUAAAUGAUAUGAUAACCUCA